CCACACCCAAAUGAGUGUGUACAGUUGGGCCAUUUAACACUCAUAUCCAAAAACAUCCACACACAUGUAACACCCAUUCCCAAAAACAUCCACAACCAAGUUAGCCCAUAGCCAUUGGAAAUAACUCAAACCACCAAUUUUUUUUUUUUUUAACAAUUAGCUCAAUUUUGUUCAUAAUCAAUUUUUGUAAACUCAAUUUACAAACUUAUUAUAGCAAACAAAAAUUAUUGAAAUUUUUUAAAUCCAGGAAUAAAAAAUUCAAAUAUGUUUUUUCAAAAAAAAAAAAAGGUUCAAAUAUGACUGAAUUGAAAUAGUCUCAAAAGACUUAUUUUGCAAGGUUUAUGAAACACUUUGAUAACUCUUAGUUUAUGUUUACACUGCUGAUAUAACUCUUUGUUUAUGUUUCCAGCUUGUCUUCAGCCUGCAAGAAGGAAAAAAAAAGAUUCAACCUCAUGUUUUUAUACCAUGCAAGAAGAUAACAAUUCAAGACUUGAACAUUUUGUAUAAUGAUGAUCAUUUACUAUCAAAAUCUCAAACGUCAAACAUUGUUUAUGUAACAUACUAGACCAUUACAAAUCUCCAACUCAAGAUCAGAUGCUAGACUCACGCUAAGUACAAUGGUAAUCACAUGUUCACAGUAUAAACAUGAGCUCAUGAAACCGAUACCAAGACCAAAUUACCACAUCCACAAAUCAAGAUCAGAUGCUAGACUCACACUAAGUACAAUGGCAAUUACAUGUACACCAAGUUCAGCGCAUAGAAGACAUUAAAAGAACACAUCAAUCUGCAACAUAACAGAACAAAUACACUUUACAAAAUGGAAUCUACUCAUCUUCAUCAUCUCUUAUUCAAGCUAACAACAAUAGAAACUGCUAGAUAGUUAUCUAAAAGCAAUUAAAAACCAGCUCAAUUCCACAGAAAGUUCCAUAGUACAAGAUUACUCAUCAAAAAAAUACUAUUCGGGUUUAACUAGUUAGAGAACUAAAUCAUCUAUCUUCAGAUCAAGUCACAAAAAGAUAAUACCUCAAGUCAAAUCUCUAGGCUCUCCACUCUGAUCUUCUUUCUCCUCCUCUUUAUCCUCUUCUUCUUUCUCCUCUUCUUUUUUCUCAACAGACUCAUCAUCUAAGAAAAAAAUAAUUCCAUGAAGAUUCUGAAGCAAUUCAUAAUACUAACAGAUUAUAACUUCUAAUUUUUAAGUGACACUUACCAAUUUCUGGAAAUCCUUUUAACCAGUUCCUUGUACACACUAAAGCUUGAACAUUAGUAGGUAGUAGACAACUCCUAUACUUAUUAAGACCUCUACUACCUAUACUAAAUGAAGAUUCUGAUGCCAUGGAAAAACUCCCCAUUAAAGACCAGAUCUUUGUGCAACUGUCUUUUCAUAAUGCGCUACAUGGUGUCAUUUAAAGAAGUGUUGUCCACUGUGAAACAUAAGACCUUUUUUUCCAGUCCCCACACUUUCAGCAGCUCAAUAAGCUUCAUAGCAAUGGCUAUUCCCGAAUGAGGUGGAGGAAAAGCAAUGAACGACAAUAUCUUCGCUUGCAAAUUCCAAUCAUCAUCGACGUAGUGUGCAGUCAAGCAGAGAUACCCUUCAAUCGUGAUAGCCCUCCACAGAUCUGUUGUCAAACAAACUAUACCAGGAAAAUCAUUAUUUUCCUGAGUUUCUCCUUCUCACUUUCAUAAAUCUUCAACACAUCAGAAGGUGUUGUGUUUCUGCUCCAAUACUCAAUACUGGAAUUAGCAUAAGUAAAAAUCAUUCUAAUCCUCUUAUACUCUACAAACUUGUAAGGAAGAUCAUGCUCUAUAAUGGCCAUAACUAUCAUCUCACGAAACACCAUCAUAUCCACCUUCCUAGAACUACUUCUAGGUGUUCCAACAGCUUUUGGACAUACUUUCAUAUGACGAGUCAGAGUUGAGUUUCCAUUCCUACGAAGAUUCAAGAAGUAAAACCUUUUACAAAGGUUGCAUCUGAUCUUAGUUGAACCAUCAGACAUCUUUCCUCCAAGUAUAGUAAACUUCCUCCAAGUACAUAUUUCCAUCACACAUGAAUGAAUUUGCUUCUAGUGUUGUUUACUAUUUUUUUUUGCCUAUUAGUCAUAUAUAUGGCUUUGAUAUUGAGAGUAUCUCAACACCACAAGCUACUUCUGUGGACUGAGUCUUUUGAUUGUCAAAUUAGAUGAUUAUAUAUUUUAAUCGUGUUUAUCCAAUAUAUCUGUUAUACUGUGUCUUUAUUGUUGCAAUAUGUAUCAUCAUAUAUAUAUAAAAGACUAGUCUUUGUUUAAGUAUGUUCAUCAUUUUCUUUACAGUUUAUCAUUGUACCUUUUUAGUGCAUUUGAUUUCUUAUUCCCCUCUAAUGUUAUUCUUUCAUUUUAGGUAAGCUUCAUCAUUAUGGUUUUGUUGCUCUUAUGAAUAAGAAAAAUGAAAUGCAUUAAAAAGGUACAAUGAAAAAUUGUAAGUACUAUAGCUUGAAUCAUUGGCUAACAGUGAAUUACAUAAAGAUUUGGAAAUGAGUUAAAAACAUUGAUAGAUGGAAUAGGGAAUAUCAGUUGUAUAAGACUCGAUGCUGCUGAUGUGCCUCGUAAUAAAGGUGCAAUAUGGAUGUAUUUUUAAUGGGGUGAAUCUACACUCUUACUCUCUUCUACAAGUUGUUGAUGAUUGAUUUAAGAUUUUAAAAUCUUACGGUAAACAUAAAGAAAGAUUGCAUAAACAUGCCAUAAAAUCUACACUCUUACUCUCUUCUACAAGUUGUUGAUGAUUGAUUUAAGAUUUUAAAAUCUUACGGUAAACAUAAAGAAAGAUUGCAUAAACAUGCCAUAAAAUAAAUAUAUAAAUGCUAGAAGAUUAUCAUCGUCAUACCUUUGGAGCUGCUGGCAAAGUGUUAUGGCUUCCACAUGUCUAGAAAAAAUAAAUUGGUGUGGAGAUGUUGUAGUUCUUUUGUUGGCUAAACUAUACCGUUGAAUUUACUAACCCAUCCAACAAACAAGAACACUUUGUUUAAAGACACAUACAUAUCCAUCAUUACCAGCAUCCACUCCAUUAGACAUCUUACAAUAAGCCACAUAUUCUCCUCGAUACAACAUAACAGAUUCGGUGAUCACUGCAUGAUACACCAAGAAAUCCACACCUUCAGCUCUUGGAGCAUUGUAUAUAUUAUUUCCCAUUCGAAACAGAGAAAAUUCAAUGAUAUCAGCCCCUAUUGGGUGACUACGCAAAUGAUACAACAUAUCUUGUAACGUUGUUAUAGGCUCAACAUAGCGUAUCCAAUUCCUGUUGAGUUGUGGUGUAUAGUAGAUCAGACUUGGUGGUUUAUGCUGGCAAGAAUACAAAGAAGUGAUUUCUUGUGAAACUCCAUGUUUAUAGAUGUGUCGCAAGGCAGCCUCCACAAUAUAACCAUAGCAGAAAUUAUCAGCAUAAGGUUUAAGAAGAUCAGGACGACAAUUAAAGCAAAUAUGACAUGUACAAUAUCUUUAAUGAUACCCCCUAAUCUACAUUUUCUUCAAUUGGAUCAUAAUAUGUCAUUUGAGAUAGGCAAUGACAUCUACAUUUUCUUCACUUCAGACAACUAAGAAUAUGCAAUGAGAUCAAAGUAAACAUAUAUUUUAUACCAAAAUGCAAAUAUUGGUCAAUUUAUUUUUUAAAUGAUGGACAAACUGUUUACAUUGUUCUCUAAUAACAAUAAUGUUUACAUGUAUUAUCUUCAUGGAUUUUUUUCAAACCUUAGGAUGUGUGUGAUGGUGGAUUGCCUUUUCGGCUAUCAUGUUUUGAUGAUACAAAAUGACUUUUACUAGUAAGUUUAAGAUGCAUUUUAAGAAGUAUUAUUAUUAUUUUCCUUUUAAGGAUAUUGAUAUUAAGAGAUUAUCUCUAAUGUAUUUUACUAUUUCACCUAAAUUUAAAAAAAGAUAACAAAAGAAGUAAAAUUCACUCCAAUAUAUGUUUCUAAACUGUCAUUCUUUUAUUUCUUAAUAUUUAUCUUCUAUGAAAAAAUAACAAUCUCUAUUUUACAGAAAAUAUAAGUGAAUCAAUGUUGAUUUUAUUUUAGAUAUAAUAGCAUUUAGAAAAUAUAUAUUCAUGUGAGUUGGAGAUGCUCUAUAUUAAUUCAUUAAGUUGAACAUUGAUAAAUUUUUAUAUCAUAAUAGCACUUCAGUUCAAAGUCAUGAUGAUUUUCUUUUCUUUUAUCAACUACAAUCAUUUUUUUAACUACAAUCGUAUAUUAAAUCAAACUGAAUCAUUAUGAAUAUUUUAUGUAUUGAAAUAUAUGUUGAUUUUAUUGACUAAAUCUUUUUUACUAUAGCAUUUUCAGCCACAUCUAUAUUUGACUCUAAAUCUAUAUUAUAACACUAUGUACAAUGGAAAAAAUGAUUCAACACCCUAAUUUACAACUUUUAACAUGACACAUCUUUUUUUUCCACAUAUUAUUCCAACACAGUUUCAAUAUUUUUUUUAAGCAUAAUUUUGUUUAAUAAACUUAUACACUCUACCCCACCAUUUAAUCUAACAUUUAUUUACUAAAAAUAAAUAUUUUUUCUUUAUCCAAAUCAAAUGAAUCAAAUUUCAAUUUAUAAAACACAAAAGAUUAUAAAUUUUAAUAUAAAACUUCUUUUACAAAAAAUAUAAUUUGUUACAUAAUAAAUUACCUUAAAUGUUUAAGAUAAGAUAUAAAAAAGAAAAGUGAAAAAAUAGACCCCAUUAUGAGUAUUCAAAUAUGUUGAAUACUUUCAACUAUGAUGAAUCCACAUCAGAUUUUUUUUUUUCAACUAUACCAUUGUAUGUUAUUCAACAGUUGAAAAAUGAUUCAACACCCUCCCCAUUGUUAUUAGUCUUAAUAAGAGAGUUUUACUAUUUCCUAAAUCUGUCCACAUCAACACCUCCUCAUUUAAGUGGGACUCACAUUUAAAUUUUAUUUUUUUUGUUUUUUUAAUAAUAUUUGUAACUAAUUGUUGUGUGCUGAUUUUAAUGUUAUUUAUAAUCUAACUUGGUGGAUUGUCUAUUUCAAUUUCGCAUGAUCGGCUAAAGGUAACUCAUCUGAUUACAAAUUGCGAUCUUUUGUGUUUUCCUUUGUAUUGAUGACCUCUUCAUAUUUGUGUUGUCAAAUAGUUUUGUGGAAUGAGUUUUGCAGAAUAUCAGAAGACAGAUCGAAGAAUUGGAGAGGAUCUCUGGUGUGGAGAGUAAUGCUCUUAUUGUUGAUGGAGUUCCUAUUUUUUAGUAUCUCACAAGGUAUAUUCUUUUUAUUUAAAUAUUCACAAAGAGUUCAUUAGUGAUUUUGUGGUGACUGUGAUGUAAAGAACCAAACUUUUUUUUGAUUGGCAUUAAGGUUUGUAUAGGAUGAAGCUAAGUACCCAACAAUUUUACAUUUGAAGGAGGUUGUGGACAAUAUUCAGUCUCAGGUAGCCAAACAAAAUCAAUGUGACCGAUCUCACCGCAAGUAUAUUCCUAUUUUAUCAUAUCUCUCUUAAGAAUGUGUAUGCUUCCUUUGUUUUCAUAUUGAUUUAUUGAAAAAUAUUAAUCCUUUAUGGUUUUACUUUGUACCUCUUAACGAGGAGGAUCAAGCAGGCAUUGUGGAGGCUCUCAUGAUCAGUUUUACUUAGACAAAGAUGAGAUUUUUGGUUUACUUUAGGGAUUUUUUUUCUGUAGUAAUUUGACUAAUUUGAUUUGUCCCCAUGGAUAUCACCCUGGGGAUUUUCUCUAAGUAUUUACUUUGAUUGUUAUUUCACUUCUGAAUGUUUUCUUAACCUUUACUAGCAAUUUGUGUUUUUUUGCUGAUUUGAUGUGAGAGCAAUGAUCUUUUGUUUUAGUUGAAGGUGCACCGUGCACCUGAAGAAGUAAAAAAAAAAAUUUGGGAGAAGAUAAAGCUGCUGAAGGUAAAUCACUUACAGUAAUUUUUGGUUAUGUUUUUAGCUUCCGAUGAUGGCAAAAUCAUGUUUUUAACUGUUAUGAAAUAGUACUGGAAUUUGGUUUAUUUAUCUGAAGAACAAUGAAAUUACAACUGAGGAAGUUUGUAAGGGAUACUCUUCUUUUGUUUUUGUUUUUUAAGAAAAAAUAAUUCUCUUCAUAUUCAUGUUUUUGUUUCCCAUAAUUCUAGAUAACUGAGCCAGAUGAAGGUGGUCUCAAGUAUCUUAAGGAUGUCAACAAGAACUGGGCUGAAGAGCCAAAAUGGUUCCAGCUUGAGUUUUUCUUUGAUCAGAACCUUUACUUCAAGAUACUGUCUUGACCAAGACAUAUCAUGUCAAUCAAAGAGUAAGCAUAGUUUGAAAGGAGAUUAACAAUAUCACUAGGCAAUUAGAUUCCACCAUAGAGGAUAUUGGGUUCCCAUCACCAUCUUCCAACUGCAAGUACCAGAUAGGAUAGAGGAGAGAGCGAGGAUCUGAAAGCUCCUGACGUUUUUAUUUAUCCAUUUCAUUUCUAUUGAGAAUUAAGAACAUCACCAAUUAUAUUUUGUGGGCUUUGUUGUCUAAGUACCGUAUUCAUGAUUUUCAUCAGGAUCACUGGUUUGUUAGUUUGAAUGUGUAUGAGCGGCUGCAUAGCAAACCAACAAUGUCAGAGGAACGAACGUAAGUUCUUUCCUUUUGAUUGUUUUGAUACAUCUGCUAGAGAAAUAUCAUAUUAUGUUCAGUGUUAGACUUAAAUGAAUGAGUCUAACAUACCUUUCAUGUUGAUGACCCAAUCAAACACAACCCUCUUCUUCAUAUAUGUGUCCAACAUCUUUGUUACUUACUCUCCUUUUUCUCUAUAGUCAGCAAUCUUCAACAGAAGAACCUCUUCUUAAAAAUAAGUCCACAAUAGAAAUAAUAUAUCUCCCCUGUCAACGCUUACCAGUAAAAUUCAGAGAGCUUUACCUUCAUACAGUUGGGCUUCAUCUUCUUAGACUUUCUUUUCUCCUCCUUGCAACUUUUGCCAAAGUUAUGUUCCUCAAGCGAAUUGGACGUUAUGGUCACCACCUCCUCUGUUUCAGUCUUCCACGUUGCUCCUUCAAAACACAUGGAAACGUUUUGCCUCUGUUCCCCGUUUGUGAUCUCUUCUUAAUCAGAAUUCCCCACAAGAGCAGCACAUCAAGCACAAUGCAAUUCAAAAUUUCCCACAUGAGCAGAGCAUAUCAAGCAUAAUGCAAAAACAUCAGGAGCAUCCUCCAUUUUCUCUUCUUCCUCAUGCAAACACAGAGCAGCCUAUUGAUUGUCUGAUAAAAGCUGUGAGUGAAGGCAUAUACUCUAAAUUGAGCAUUCAAAGUUAUCCAAUCUACUGUGGCUUGCUAGUUUCACCUGAAGCAUUAACCCAAUCGAGCUCUCGGUCAUCAGUUUAGCUGAUAAGCUUUCUGGUUCUGUCCACUCCAUUGUAGCUUCUUUAGCCGAGGAUUUGAGUGCAAGAACAUUGUUCCGUGUGCAACAAAUCCAACUAAGAAACUUAAGUGUGUGCCCUCCUCUUGCAACAAAUCAAAGAAUAUAUGUAAUGAAGAGGUUUAUCCAAGUGAAGUUACUUGAGGAACAGUUGGCACUUGUUCUUAUGCCCAUGUGGCUCUUUCAGUGACACGCUUGGAGCUCUCACUAUAAGCGAAGAUAUAUCGUGAGUACUUGUUCUUUUAACUAAUUUUGAUUGUUCUUUGUCUGCCCUUUGCACAGCUAAUUAUAUCUCACAUGUUUGAUGUAGUCACAUAUUCAGCCAUUACGACUUACUAGUUAGUAGUUCCAAUUCUUCUCCUCGAGACAGUCCCAUCGGACAUCAGGUAUGAAAAACAUUUAGUAGAAACUGAUUGAUCACAAGAGGGAGCUAAACAUUUUUAUGGAUUUAUUUCCUGUGUCUCAGUUAUAGAAAAGAAUGUGAUUUGUAUGAAAGGACUAGAUCAAGGUUCAAUUUGUCCAUGAAGGAAGUUUCUGAAGUGAUGUCUCUUUUAAAGAUAUAUAGCUGGAGUUUGGGAUGUUUGUGCAAGAUAGGUGAUGGCUUAGUACGCUGAGCAGCAUGGUUGAGGCACUUUCAGCUCCAAGUAUGGUCACUGGGAGCCUGUUCUACGAGCUUCAUGAACCAGUGGUUUCGUCAAGAGUUUGUUGCAGUUAUGUUCAAAUAUUUAUUCUGUAGCAUUUUAUCAAACAGUUGGCCAGCAUGAUUAAGAAUUUGUUGAAGUUUACGACAUGUGUCACACCAUCGACCGUUGCCGUCUCUUCCGACAAGAGUCAAACUCAUGUGUUUUUAGUUUGUACAUUUGACUAGAUGACAACGACCGCACGACUCUAUUCUUUAAAAAAUAAUAAUCUAACAAUAAAAAUUACAGGUUUUCAAACUUGCAUUACAAACCACGAAUUAUCAUCUUUAAAAGGAAAACUAACAUUUAUUAUAAUAUUGGUUUUUCUUUCUUUAAAAAAAAUGUAUUAGUGGUUUUACAUUUACUUUUUAAAAUAUUUUCUUUGAAUCUAUUAACUGGUACAAGAGAAUAAUGUAUUAAGAGAUGUAAAGUCUAAACCGCAAAGAUGCGUUUGUAAAUGUGGAUAGUUACAAUUUUUAACAGUAUUAAAAGAUUUAUACAAGUGGUACAUCGGUUAGAAUGCGUUGCAAAAUAUUUAUGACUGAUUUAACAUCAAAUACACCUAUGGUUAAAAAAUAAAUUAAAAUAUUUAUAUUUUAUAUAAUUAUAAAAAUAUUAAAAAUUUAUUAUUAUAAUUAAUAUAAAAAAAUAUUUAUAAAUUAUACUAUUGGUUUUUAAAACAAAAUUAUAGAAAAUAUUUUUGUUUUAAAUUUUUAUGAUAAAACUAAAAUAUAAUAUAUAUUAUUAUUUCUAUUAUUUUAGUUUAAAAUUUUAAUUGAAUAAUUUUGGGCUGAGUCAGGCAAUGGUAGCGUAAAACCCAUUCAUGUGCAUAAUGGAAAUUCGAAGUAGAAAAGGAAAUAUAUAAAAAUAUUUUGGGAAAUAAGGAAAAUAAAAAAGGAAGAAGUCAACAAUAGAACAUACCGGUAUUCAUAUAUAUAUAUAGAUAAUAAAGAGAGAUUUGCUCCAAAAAAAAGAUAAUAAAGAGAGAGAGUUGAAAACUGACCUAAAUCGAGCACGAUGUUUUCUGGUAUUCCUGUUCAAGAUAGCCAGCAUUUCAUCAUUGGGCCAAUGAAUUAUUGGGAUCAAGUGAGGGAAUCAGGGGGUUUUGAUAUCGAACAUAUCACAGCACCUCAAAAUACAUGCGGACUCAUGCCUUACGAUUGUGAAAACGAGAGGAUUAGGUAUCCUAAUCGUGUGUUGGUCAAUCUUUACGCUAGACUCGGUCUCCAUCGUUACAACCUCUUUGAGGGAACAAAUUUAGAGUUUCACCACUUGAAGAAAUUCAACACGAGUAUGACUUUGAUCUCCUCGUACCGCAUCACUUUGGUCGCUUAUGAUCCAGCUACCAAUUCGCUAGUAACCUUUCUGGUUGGAGUCUCUGAGCAAAUAUAUGGUCGUUUGAAUUUGAUGGUCUUCAUUGCUAGACCUCAAGCUAAUAGUCCUAGUCCUCUCUUUAAAGAAGCUGUUUGGCCACAACUUGGUAUCACCAAUGACGCAUAUUAUGACAAGGGAUCCCCUUUCUGGCCGACAGAUUUUGAUGAUACAGAACGAUUCUACCUGCUGAAGGAUCCAGAGAUACAAGGCAACGAUUGGAUUCGUCUAUACUUGGAACUUGCUCUUUGUUCAAAUGAUAGGAACAUUCCCGAAUGGCAUGUAUCCCAGCUACAGAUUGUGAGAGUUGCAGUGGAAACUAUUCAAUAUGUGGUUGUCUCAAAUGUCAAUUUCUACAUAACGUUUAAAGGCUUGCCUGUGGCUCAGGUUGGUGAGGAUGGUGAGCAUGUUGAGCGCAGAGUCAUAGUUAGAAGGUUUAUGGAUCUUUCUACCGGAUACUUCACUCUCAAGGGUGGGUUUGGGUUUUCGGUUGGAGAAGUCGCUAGUGAGGGCCCUAUGACUCGCCUCCGGAACAUGGAAGAAAUUCGCGCUGACCUGAGGCUGCACCCUACGACUCGCCCAUGUCCAGCCAUCCCCAUUGCUGAUUGGUGGAAAAGCUAGAUUAUUAACCUCUACAGGUCUUUCUGCUAAAUAAUUGACUCUCUAUUGUUGAUUUCUUUCUCUUGGUUGUUUUUUAAGUCGAUAAUAAUUUAGACCCUUUUUGUAUCUCGUUGACUUUAGCUGACAAUGAGUUUGUAACUCCCUCAUGUCUUUCUUUAUUUUCUCAUAUGGUUAGCAAUGGUCUUUCUUGACUCA